AUGAAUAAUAACAGCGCCCGGCUCGCGCAUUCCAGCGCUAUACGAGCGGAGGUGAAACGGCAUCAGACCCUGAAGAACAACUUGGCCAAACUCUUCAAGCUGUUGGACCGAGUUGAGGAUCAGCAACUUCGGUCGGGCUUGAAAGUUUAUUUUCACAGCAUUCAAGCUGCGUGUGCCAGCAGUCAAGAAUGGAUGUUAAGCCGUGCCAUUCAAGAGCUCCGUCUGGGCAUUUUGGGCAGUCCACGCAGUGGGAAGUCAGCCCUCAUACACCGCUACAUGACCGGCAGCUACCUGCCUUUAGAAAACCCUGAUGAGGGCAGGUUUAAGAAGGAGGUGCUGGUUGAUGGACAGAGUCAUCUGUUACUCAUUAGGGAGGAGCCUGGCCUUCCUGAUGCGCAGUUUUGUAGCUGGGUGGAUGGAGUGAUCCUGGUCUUCAGUUUGGAGAAUGAAAGCAGUUUCCAGGAAGUGUACAACCUCUACAGCCAGCUUAGUGUCCAUAGGAACAUUACAGAGAUCCCCUUCAUUGUGGUUGGGACUCAGGACAAGAUCACCAGUGUUAACCCACGGGUGAUUGAUGAUGGCAGAGCCCGACAGCUGUGCUCAGAUGUGCACCGCUGUGCCUACUACGAGACCUGUGCCACCUAUGGGCUCAACGUGAACCGUGUUUUCACAGAGGCGGCUCAGAAAAUCGUUGCUGUGAAGAGACAGGCAGCUCUGUUUGCCUCCUGUAAAUCUCUGCCCAACUCACCCAGUCACUCAGGUGGAUCGACCCCAGUGUCUGGAGCUUUUCCUGGGCAGACCAGUAAUGGUGGACAGAGCAGUGAUUACUCAUCCUCUCUGCCUUCCACUCCAGUGAUAAGUCACAAGGAGAUUGGGGUGAUUCCUGGUGGUGAGAAAUUGGGCAGUGCUACCCCUGGAUCCCUGCGUAGCAGCCCCCGUCGGCGGGCCCCUCGAUUUACGGGGCGUAGAGGAAGUGAUUCGGAGAGAAGGAGUGUAGACAGUAAAGGAGAUGUGGGCAGCGGCCGGGCCAUCCCCAUCAAACAGAGUAUCUUGUUGAAACGUAGUGGGAAUUCCCUGAACAAGGAAUGGAAGAAGAAAUAUGUAACUCUGUCGAGCAAUGGCGUGCUCUCUUACCACCCCAGUGUUAAUGACUACAUGCAGAACACUCAUGGGAAAGAGAUGGAUCUACUGCGCGUCACAGUGAAAGUUCCAGGGAAGCGGCCUCCUAGGGCGGUCCCAUCUUGUGGACCUCCACCAGGACUCAAUGGCCUGGUCAAAGAUGUCCCUGGCCCCGAGGGAGCCAGUGCAGCUCCCACAUUCCCAAGCAACCUUCUCCCUGUAGAGGAGGGCCCUGUGUUGUUAUUGGCCCCUGGUGUGAAUAGAGGCGUCCAGCGAAACCCCUCCACACUGUCCAGUAAAUCCCAAAGUAUCGAUUCCGCAAUUGAGGGGGUUUCCAGCCCUCCCAUAUUAAAGGAGCCAAGUACAUCUCCAAUGAUUGACAGAAAGAAGCAUCGAAGGAAGAAGAGUAUGAAUCAGAGAGGAGACACCGUGAUUGGACAAGCUGAUGAUGAGGACAACUUUGACUUUUUGGUGGUGUCCAGUACGGGACAGACUUGGCAUUUUGAGGCUCAGAGUCUGGAGGAGAGGGACGCCUGGGUACAGGCCAUCGAAAGCCAGAUCCUAGCCAGUCUGCAGUCCUGUGAAAGCAGCAGGAACAAGGCACGGAGGAAUAGUCAAAGUGAGGCAGUGGCUAUUCAGGCCAUUCGUAAUGCUAAAGGCAACAACUACUGUGUAGACUGUGAGGCUCCCAACCCAACCUGGGCCAGUCUGAACCUGGGAGCACUGAUUUGCAUUGAGUGUUCAGGGAUCCACCGGAACCUUGGUACGCACCUGUCCCGUGUCCGCUCCCUGGACUUGGAUGACUGGCCACGAGAACUCACUCUGGUGCUCAUUGCCAUUGGGAACCAUAUGGCCAACAGUAUCUGGGAGAGCAGGACACAGGGACGUCAAAAACCCACCCCGGAUGCCACAAGAGAGGAACGAGAGUCAUGGAUCCGGGCGAAAUAUGAGCAGAAGUUGUUUGUAGCACCCCUGCCUGCCUCCAGCGGGGGAUUGGAGGGUUCCAUGUCUGCCCGCCUCAUCAAAGCUGUGACAGACAGGGACCUUCCUAGACUCCUCCUCCUAUUGGCCCAUAGCACCAAGGAGGAAAUCAAUGCUCCCCUGCCCAGCGCCAUGUACCAGAGCAAUGGCACCGCCCAGCAGCCACGAUCCGCCCUGCACGCCGCCUGCCAACUGGGAGACGUUGUCAUGACACAGCUACUUGUCUGGUACGGCAGUGACGUUGGCAGCAGGGACCCUCUGGGUCAGACGGCUCUUACUCUGGCACGGCGUGCUGGCAGUCAGGAGUGUGCGGACAUCCUCUUACAGCACGGCUGUCCGAACGAGACCAGCCCCACAGCCACCACGCCCAGCUUAUCCCGCAAGAGCAGCUCCACCAGUCUCAGUCGUGCCGGCUCCAGAAGACCUGUGUCAUAA